GAGGAGGUUUCCAUGGUGACAGCAAACAAGGCGCACACUUGAGGGGCCGCAGCCGGGCUCCUACCCGCGUCGCCGCCAUGAUUCCCCCUGCAGACUCUCUGCUCAAGUAUGACACCCCGGUGCUGGUGAGCCGGAAUACGGAAAAGCGGAGCCCCAAAGCACGGCCACUGAAAGUCAGCCCCCAGCAGCCUGGACCCUCCGGUCCAGUCCCACAGCCACCAAAGACCAAGCUCCCCUCAACUUCUUCUGUCCCAGAUCCUACAAAGCAGGCAGAAGAAAUCUUAAAUGCCAUCCUACCCCCAAGGGAGUGGGUGGAGGACACGCAGCUAUGGAUCCAGCAGGUGUCCAGCACCCCCAGCACAAGGAUGGAUGUGGUGCAUCUCCAGGAACAGCUGGACCUGAAGCUGCAGCAGCGGCAGGCCAGGGAGACCGGCAUCUGCCCCGUGCGCAGGGAGCUCUACUCGCAGUGCUUUGACGAGCUGAUCCGAGAGGUGACCAUCAACUGUGCGGAGAGGGGGCUGCUGUUGCUUCGAGUCCGGGACGAGAUCCGCAUGACCAUUGCCGCCUACCAGACCUUGUAUGAGAGCAGUGUGGCCUUUGGCAUGAGGAAGGCGCUGCAGGCUGAACAGGGGAAGUCAGACAUGGAGAGGAAAAUUGCAGAAUUGGAAGCAGAAAAGAAAGAUUUGGAGAGGCAAGUGAACGAGCAGAAAGCCAAAUGUGAGGCCAUCGAGAAGCGGGAGGUUGAGAGGAGACUGGUGGAGGAGAAGAAGCACAACGAGGAGAUUCAGUUCCUCAAGCGGACGAACCAGCAGCUGAAGGCCCAACUGGAAGGUAUUAUUGCACCAAAGAAGUGAUCAUUUCCACAUGGGUCUCGGCGAGCACUGCUACCCCAUCCUAAGCCCGUUGUAAUAAAAAAAAGCUAGUUUCCUGAGUGAACAGGCCAUACCCUCUCCCCAACCCCCAACUACAUGUUUGUCAGAAGUCACACGUUGCCCCAGUGGCAUGGAACACAAGUCUGGCAGCCAGGCUCCUGGCUGGGCUGUAGAAGGCAGUGCAGCCAACAGUCUCUGUAGGUGGCCAGCCUUGGGAUUUGCCAACCCAGAAAGUUAAGCCUUUUGCCAUAUCCCUUGCAGGUGAAACAACUGCCUUCCCACCACUGCUCCCUCCUACCAACUACUCCUAGCCAAAUGGACCGCCUCCCUGUCCCAUCUCUGGUCCGUGAUGCAUCUUGUACCUGACCUUGGGCUGCUGUGGCCUCAGUCUUUCCCUUGAGGUCUUUCACCGUCCCCACCCCAGUGCAGUUGUAGGGACUGCUGCAGGAGCUGUGCGUUUAUACUAGGUCAUUUUACACCUGCCCACCAUACCCACCACAGCCUCUUCCCUAGUCUCAGGCUGCCCAGGUGAGGCAGCAAUGGCAGAGUCAAAGCCGCGGCUUCUAACGUCUGUGGG